CCAAGGUGCUCGGUUCUUCCGAGGGAGCUAAGGUCGCGUUGGGGUGAGGCCCUCACUUCAUUUGUCGACUAGCACCGUGCCGGCAGUCCGCAACAUGGCCUCCGUCUCUGAGCUCGCCUGCAUCUACUCCGCCCUCAUCCUUCACGACGACGAAGUGAUGGUCACGGAGGAUAAGAUCAAUGCCCUCAUUAAAGCAGCUGGUGUCAAUGUUGAACCUUUCUGGCCUGGCCUGUUCGCAAAGGCCUUGGCCAAUGUCAACAUUGGGAGCCUCAUCUGCAAUGUAGGGGCUGGUGGACCUGCUCCAGCAGCUGGAGCUGCACCAGCAGAGGAGAAGAAAGUAGAAGCAAAGAAAGAAGAAUCUGAGGAGUCUGAUGAUGACAUGGGCUUUGGUCUUUUUGACUAAGCCUCUUGUUAAC